AUUAACCUCAGAUCUAUCAUCGAUGUUUGGAGGGUGUGUUUGAGGUUAAAGUGUUGACAGUAUAGAAGGUUGCAGACAGAAGAAUUUAAUACAUAAGCCAAAACUACCCUGAGCACUGAUGUCUAGUGUAUUCGAUAUUAAUGCUACAAGUGACAGACUUGUACCUGCCAGUACAAUGGAAACAAAAUUUGUUUUCACAUAUCCUUCCUGGACGAUUAAGUUCGAUUACAAGCUUGAAGUGCCAAUUUAUGUCCCAUUUUCGGGGACUGCUGAAGAACUCGGCGAACGAUUAAUGGCAUUCUUCAACUUGCCAAGUAAUGCUGAGGAAGAUCUGACUGCAGCCCUCAAAAUGUUUCUGGAAGAGAAAACACAGAUGUUUUUUGAUAAAAUGGGAGAUAAAGUUGUUACAGUGGCGAAAGAAGGUGACACAGAUGUUGAAGAUGUAAUUAAGACAUGGGAGAAGUCUUUCAAAACAGAGACUGUGGAAUAUUCAGAGCCUGAAGGAGCAACAGAUGAAGAACUGUUUUCUGCUGUCUAUCACAAAUUAGUUCAUUCUCCAGCAUUGGAGCCGAUUUUGCAAGUAGAACAUUCCUAUGCACUUGCUGUUCAUGAACUUACUCUUCAGAGGGAAGAACAAGUUGAAGGUCUAACAACAAUGCAAACAGAAGAAAUGGCUCAGGCUAUAGAAGGAGUUCCUUUUCCAAAUACAGAACAUCAAAUAAAUGAAAUGGCAGCUUCACAUUUUGAAGAGCAGAACCUGUUGCAAGGCAAAUGGAAUAGUGAAAUCGACACACUUAAGGAAGAUCAAAGGAAAGAAUAUCGGGACUGGCUUAUGAAGAUGUUGGAGGACAAUCAAACAAAUGUGAAUGCUCCAAGCAUCGUAAAUACUCCACGCACAUUCAACAAAGGUGCUCAUGAAGAUAAGCUGCCUAUGCCAAGACUAGAGGAAAGUUUCACCAUACACUUAGGCUCGCAGAUGAAACAGAUGCACAAUAUAAGAAUUUUAUCCGCUGAUGUGCUGGAUUUUUGUCGGGUGAAGCUUCAGAGUUCAGGAAAUCUUGAUCCUCAGCCACAGCGCUUGCAGACUGCUCUAGCCCUUUAUUCCAGUGACUUAUGUGGAUUAGUUGUACUGACAGAUAGCCAUAUUGGAGCAUUCACAGGAUUAACUAAAGAGCUCACUGGGGUCUGCCAGCAGUCAACAGAUUUCCAUUUUCCAUCAGUGGAUGAGCAGCUAGAGAAAAUAAAGGAAGAAGUUAAAGAAGUGGUAUCUUGGCGUAAUGCGCAUUGGAGUCAUGAUCACUUAGGGACACUAACAUCUACAGAACAGAUGUCUCGAAGGUUGGGGACAAAGAAUCUACAAACUGGUGAUGUGUACUUGACAAGACAUUCAAAUUUAGCUGAAGUCCAUGUUGUUUUCCAUAUGGUGGUAGACGAUUCCUUGAGAUCAAGUGACAUUAAUUCUAGACACCCUGUGAUUCUGGGGCUCCGGAAUAUAUUGAAAACAGCAUGUUCUAAUGAUAUAACUACACUUACUAUUCCAGUUCUUCUAAUGCAUGAGAUGACAGAGGAAAUGACAGUUGCAUGGUGUACGAAAAGAGCAGAGCUAGUUUUCAAAUGUGUGAAGGGGUUUAUGAUAGAAAUGGCAUCCUGGGGAGGUUCUGAACUGAAAAAUUUACAGUUUCUAGUACCAAAGGGUAUUUCAGAAGAAGUAUUUGGAACUCUGGCGACUAUGUUACCAAGUAUAUUUAGGGUUUCGAAUCCUCUGGUCUUCAAAGUAUCUUCAACACCCCACACACCGAAGAGCUCAUGACAAGUAGCAAAUGGAGAGAACUACACCAAUGACAGAAUAUUUAUACAAAGCAAAACUUGUUUCAGGUGGUGCCAUAAAGUCACUGCUUCACUGUCUGUGCACAUAGCAUUAAUGUUCAUUUUGAAUGUGGUGGUAUGUGGAGAAAUGUUGAUAAUGUGGAAAUCAUGUCUUUACUAAAUUCAAAGGAAAAAUAUCUAUGUAAUGGUAUUUCAGAUUUUGUGCCUUGUACAUGUACAUACAGCAUCAUUGAAAGAUACUAAAGGUGAACACCAAAUAUUUGAAUAGUGAUCGUUAAAUAUGUUUUACUCUUAAAAGUGGAUAUUACACUUAAUUAAAAACAAAAAAUAAUAGGAAUCUGAGAUCAGUUUUACAACUAAAGAGCCUCACUUAGAGAUUCUUUUCUAUUAAUCUCUCCCUCCCAUCUCUCUCUCUCUCUCUCUCUCUCUCUCUCUCUCUCUCUCUCUCUCUCUCUCUCUCUCUCUCUCUCUCUCUCUCUCUCUCUCCCCCUCCCCCCCCCCCUCCUUCGUCCUCUCCCUCCCUCCCCUCUGAUAGUAUUCACUAUCUUCUCUUUAUGAUUUUUGAGUAACAGUCAUACACUUCAUAACUAUAGGUAUAUGUGCACCAUUUUCAGGUUGUUCCUGUUUUUAAUAAUCACUGUUUUAAGAGUUCAUUGUUUUCAUGUGCAAUUAAUCAUCUGAAAUGUUAAAGCAUUUAAUUAUGUUAAUAAUAUUAGGAAAUAAUUAGAAAUUUAUAUUUGUUUGUUUUUUCUGUAAUGGUUGACGAGGAAUUUUGUAUCUUACAGUAGCAAUUAGCAGCUAUCUGCUUACUGGAGGCUUUACAGUAGCUUUUCAAAAACUGAAGUUAAAGAUUCCAUAUAAGAAAAUAAAAACUGCUUAGUUUCCAAGAGGAAGAAGUUGCUGCAAUAUUAUCUCAAAUAAUAUGUCACUGUUAUGAAAUUUCCUAAUAGUUUCUAGCUAUAUGCUAGACUGGGACUAACUCACGAGACUUGGCGUUAGUGAGCAUUGCUUUUCCGUAAGGAAGUUUUAAACAAUAUAUACUCCACUGUAGCUUGGAAAAACUCUUUUUUGAAAUGACAACUUGGCUGUGACUGUCAUUCUCCACUUCAGCCUGUACUCCAGAGGUGGUCAUCCAGAAAGGUAUGCCAAACACCUACUUU